UCUAUGGGUCAAGAGAAUAAGAGAAAUAAGAAAAAGAAAUGUCAUUUCAAUUUGAGAAUAUUGUCCGAAAAUUUUAAAACAUUUACCACGAAAUGGGAGGAACCCCAAGUAAAACGAGAAGACUAACGUUAGAAAACAAUGAUCCAAAUAGCGUCAUAAAAGUUUCAGACGAUGUCGUAGAUAGAAUUCGUGGAGUAGCUCAAACGGUAAGAAAACCAGAAGUCAUAACUCCUACAGUGCCACAAAUCACUAAUCCACAACACACUGCUGUACUGCCAGUUUAUCUACACGAACCUUCCCUAACGAGUAUUCAAAUUCGACAGGCAAAUGUAGCUGAACUAAAGAAGAAUGAUGAUUACUGGAGUAACAGACUGAAGGCACUCGAAGAUAAUCAUAAAAAGAUGAACUCAGUUAUCGAAGAAGAAUAUAAUAAAGCAGUAGAAGAAUUCAAAGUAGGCAGGCCAACCCAAGUCUUGAAAGAAAUUCCCUGCUUGGAAUCGAAGAGAGCUGUUAUGGAAUGCUACAAGUGUUAUCCAAACGAACCUAUGAGGUGUGCUAAAAUAGUUCAGGCUUUCCAAGAGUGUGUCGACCACAAAAGGAAUUGCUUGCUCGCCAGUCGAGUAACAGCCAACAAAGGGUAAAAUUUGUAAAAAUCAUAUAAACUUUGAUUUAGAAGCCUUAUUGUAAAGUAUUUAUUUAGAAUGAAAUAUCGUUUUGGAGUAAA